AGACAACGUAAGCACUAUUAUGUCGCGUGAUAAAGGUGGGCGGGCCCGAAAGCUGUUUCCGGAAACAUGGAGGCUGUACUGAGUGAUGUGGUAGCUCCUGAAGACCUUUUAAAAUUUGAGAAGAAAUACAACAGUGAGCUGGUGAAGGGAGCUGUCUCCAAAGAAACAAAGUUUGAAUAUGCCUGGUGUCUGAUCAGGAGUAAGUACUCAGAGGACAUCAAGAAGGGGAUUGUCCUCUUGGACGAGCUUGUUCAAAAAGCAUCCAAGGAGGACCCCCGGGACUUCUUGUUCUACCUUGCAGUGGCCAACUACAGACUCAAAGAAUAUGAAAAAGCCCUGAAGUACAUCCGGUCUCUUCUUAAGAACGAGCCCGGGAACAAGCAGGCUCUGGAGCUGGAGAAACUCAUCGACAAGGCUUUAAAGAAAGACGGCUUGGUUGGCAUGGCAAUCGUCGGGGGAAUCGGUCUUGGCGUGGCCGGUUUAGCGGGACUCAUCGGCUUGGCUGUGUCAAAGGGAGCUGCCAAAUCCUAACCUGGACGUGAGAUGACCUGUCUUCAUUUUGCUGGGCUGAUACACUGAGCUUUCCCCUGCAUAGAAAAUUAAAACUUGUGUGGAGAAACCUUGAAGGAAGCAACAUUUUGUUUUGAAGUUGAGUAUUUAUUGCAACUCAUAAAAGCAUUUAAAUAAUGCCAGUAAUUCACCUGUUUUCAUAGUUAACAGGGUUAAAAUUCACCAUACAUAUGACAUUAUGUAGCUAUUUACUCACAAACUACAGCAUGACACUUUUAAUAUUACUAGUGUAAAUAAGUUAGAAUAGACAAUAUGCAGCUCAAUUUCAUGUAAUUUCUUAGUUAGUAUGCAGCCUAAAAUUCCUAAGUUGACAUUUACAUUUUAUAAAAAAAAAAUCUUCGUAAAACUGCAGUUGUGGUUCUGUACCUGUCUUUUUCAUUAUAUUUGACAUAAAGAAUUGUUAAGGAAAGUGUUGCUGGUGAAGUAGAAAGUGUAGCUUGUAAUACCAAAAGGAACAGAAUCAUUUGUUUGCUGGUGAGCUAACAGUGACUUUGCUAUACUGCUGUUAAAGAACUGUAAGUCCAGCUGCUGCUGUGUGGGCAGUGAACAGAUGUUUGCAUUUAUUUUGGACAAGAGGUUUUGUUUUCAUUUAUUCUGAACACAACUUUUAAGUUAAGGGAGUCAAAGCACUUAUUGAAAAUUAAUACAGUUUGUUAUGUAAUAUGCAUUUUCAAACAUGUAUCAGUGUUACAUUUAAUGACUUGUGUUUUCCAUCUUGUUAAAUAAAUAAAAUGAUUUCGG